UGAUUGGACUUUUAUUUCAUCUUUGGGCUUCUUCAACAACAAGCGGCGAUGUUUGACCACUGUAUAUAUAUAUAUAUAUAUAUAUAUAUGGAAAUUACUUGUCGUCUUCGUUCUCUUCUUGAAUCUUCUCCUUCAUCUUCAUAAUCUUCUUUCAAGCUUGAAGGACCACAACAAAAAAGAAAUAGCAAAAUGGCUUCUUUUGGGAGAUAUGGGUCUCACUCCCAUACUCCCUCUGCUCCAUCCUUGCCAGAAGACCAAAAUAAUAAUAAUAAUAAUACGAUUAAAAUUCCUUCUUUUCUUCCUCCUCAGCCUCAUGCUCAGCAGCAGCAGCAGCAGCAGCAACAGCAGACUCAUGCUUCUUACUCUCAUCAUGUCCAUGCCAAUGCCUAUAGCCAGCCUGCAGGUGGUUAUUCAUCUGAUUUUCCGCCGGAGACACACCCAGAUGUGAUCAGAAGCUUUCAGAUGGUGGACAGAGAUGGGAGUGGGUAUAUCGAUGAAAAUGAGUUGCAACAUGCUCUUUCUUCUUCUGGGUACCAGAGGUUUAGCCUUGGGACUAUCCGCUUGCUCAUCUUUCUAUUUACCAAUCCCUCUCACCCUGGGCCUCUCAGAAUUGAUCUGAGGUGGGCUCUAUCUGCUGUUGCAGGGCUAAGAGAGUUUUCUGCACUCUGGAGUUGUCUUGGUCACUGGCGUGCCAUAUUUGAGAAAUUUGAUGGAGAUAGGAGUGGAAAAAUCAAUGUGAUGGAAUUGAGGGAUGCUCUUUACAGCAUUGGCUACGCAAUCCCACCGCCAGUUCUCCAACUUCUGAUAUCUAAAUAUGGAAAUGAAAGUGGUCAGAGGGGUGAACUCAACUUUGACAGUUUCGUUGAAUGUGCAAUGAUUGUGAAGGGUUUGACAGAGAAGUUUAAGGAGAAGGAUCCUGGGUAUACUGGAGCUGCGACUUUCAGUUAUGACGCAUUCAUGUCUAUGGUGAUCCCUUUUAUCGCGUCAUAUAAUUGAAUUGGUUAGGAGUUAGGUGCUUGUGUGUAUUCCUUGUAUAAUGGUGGAUUUGUUUGUUUGAAAUCAAUCUGAGGAAGUUGUACAAUAUUUGAGAAACGAGGGAGGUGACGACUGAUUGAAGUUUUUAUUCUUAAGUUUGAUUUGUUUUAUUGUAAUUAUGAAAUUGUAAAAAACUGACAGAACAAAAUUGAAUUGAAGAUAGUGGUCUUAUGCA